CACUUCCACAUCUGUCAGAGUUUAAUCAUUAUUUCACAGUCGGGCUUUUUUUAGAUCUAAAGGUUCUUUUCCCUUUAUUGCAAACUCUCCAACCAAGAUGCUGUCCUACCAGAUAUUGAGUAACGUGAAGACCUCAGUGAGGAGUGCCAUUCACAGCCGCAACAUCGGGAUUUUGGCUCCAUGCCUGCAAAAAGCUACCGAUCCGAUUCAGCAGCUAUUUGUGGACAAAAUCAGAGAAUACAAACAGAAAAGCAAUAGUGGAAAAUCCUUGGUAGAACCUACCCCAGAAUUGGAAAGGGAGCUGAAGCAGGAACUGGAAAAAGUCGCCAAGCAAUUCGGCGGCGACUCCGGCGUCGACAUGACCAAAUUUCCAGAGUUGAAAUUCCAGGACCCAGUUAUCGACCCCAUCAACUUGGAACCUAGCAAGUAAACUGCAACAUUUUGUACAUUUCCCUGUCUCUUAGGUCUUAGCUGUUAUUAAACACCUUUGGAAAACUUCCCGAUUAAAUCGAAUCCACUAUAA